AUGGCAUCCCUGCGCAUGCUCGCUCGUUGUUCCCAGCGCGCUCUCCUCGUUCCCCACAUCGCCCCGUUGCAUUCACCUGCCAGCAAGCGCUCGCUCUCGACAGACGCCGAUGGGAUUGACAAGGUCGCAGUGAUUGGAGCAGGACAGAUGGGCAUCGGAAUCAGCUACGUCGCGGCCAAGCAAAUCACGAAGGGUCUGCAGUUCGUCGACACGCUGCUCGGGAAGGAGGUCAAGAAGGGAAAAAUGAACAACGAGGAGGCGAACCGGGUCAGGUCGAGGAUCAAGGCGGCGAGUGAGAACGGGCUGCAGGAUGGGGAGUUUGCAGAGGUUGAUCUUGUCGUCGAGGCCGUUUCCGAGAACCUCGCCGUCAAACAGACCAUCUUCUCCCAACUCGCGACACAUCUCCCUCCUCAUGCCAUUCUGGCGAGCAACACCUCCUCCAUCUCGCUCUCGACUCUCGCGGCGUCGGCUAUCGACCAGAAGACGGGGCAGAGUCGGGCGCGGCAGGUCGUCGGCUUCCACUUCUUCAACCCCGUCCCGGUCAUGAAGCUCGUCGAGCUCAUCCCGGCUCUGCAAACCGAUCGCUCUGUCCUCGAGACUGCUCGAGGAUUUGCCGAGCGAAUGGGCAAGACCGUCACGCAGUCCGCUGACACUCCCGGCUUCAUCUCCAAUCGCCUCCUCAUGCCCUUCAUCAACGAAGCCAUCAUCGCUCUCGAAACGGGCGUCGCAACGAAAGAAGACAUCGACACGACUCUCAAGCUGGGCAUGAACCACCCGAUGGGCCCGCUCACGCUCGCGGACUUUAUUGGAUUGGACACGUGCUUGAGCAUCAUGGAGGUGUUGAUGCGCGAGACGGGUGACUCGAAAUACAGGCCUUCGGUCUUGCUUGGACGCAUGGUCUCGGCAGGCUACCUCGGCAAGAAGUCAGGCCAAGGCUUCUACACGUACACCGCGCAGCCUCCCCCUCCACCUCAGAAGGAGCGCAAAGACGACGGAACGGACGCCGACCCGCCCUACGGCAACGCAGAGGGUGAUGUCGAUGUUGGCCUUGGGCGGUUGUUGCUGAAGAGCAUCGGGGUGGACAAGAAGCAGUAG